UCUGUUCAUUUCAUUUCCCUUCCCCUUCCUUUUUGUAUCUCCUGUUCUCUUCCUCUUCUUGCUGCGAUCUAUAGAUACAGAUAUAUAGAUAUAUACCUACACAUAUAGAUAUAGAGAGGGGAAGAUGUGGCGCUGCGUCUCUCGCCUGAGAUCAAUCCCCACGGAAUCCGUCAAACCUCGCAUUCAGAGAUUCUUCUCCACCGAGACGACUGUGGGAAGAUCGUCCUAUACGAUAGUUGAUCAUACGUAUGAUGCAGUUGUGGUAGGCGCUGGCGGCGCGGGGCUCAGAGCAGCCAUUGGGCUUUCUGAGCAUGGAUUCAACACCGCUUGCAUUACCAAGCUCUUCCCAACUCGGUCACACACCGUUGCAGCUCAGGGUGGUAUAAAUGCUGCACUAGGAAAUAUGUCCGAGGAUGACUGGAGGUGGCACAUGUAUGACACGGUUAAAGGAAGUGACUGGUUAGGUGACCAGGACGCUAUUCAAUAUAUGUGUAGGGAGGCACCUAAAGCAGUGAUAGAGCUUGAGAACUAUGGCUUACCAUUUUCCCGAACUGAAGAAGGCAAAAUAUAUCAACGCGCAUUUGGUGGUCAAAGUCUGGACUUUGGGAAAGGUGGACAAGCAUAUCGUUGUGCAUGUGCUGCUGAUCGAACUGGGCAUGCUCUGUUGCAUACUCUUUAUGGCCAGGCUAUGAAACACAAUACACAGUUUUUUGUCGAAUAUUUUGCUUUGGAUCUAAUAAUGGAUAGUAAUGGUAACUGCCAAGGAGUAGUUGCAUUAAAUAUGGAGGAUGGUACAAUACAUCGGUUCCGUUCUGCUUCAACAAUUCUGGCAACUGGGGGCUAUGGUAGAGCAUACUUUUCCGCAACCUCUGCUCAUACAUGCACUGGAGAUGGCAAUGCCAUGGUUGCACGUGCUGGGCUCGGUCUUGAGGAUCUUGAGUUUGUGCAGUUUCACCCAACAGGUAUAUAUGGUGCUGGGUGCCUCAUCACUGAAGGAUCUCGCGGUGAAGGUGGCAUUUUGAGGAACAGUGAAGGUGAGCGAUUCAUGGAACGGUAUGCCCCUACAGCCAAGGAUCUUGCAUCGAGAGAUGUUGUUUCUAGAUCCAUGACUAUGGAAAUCCGAGAAGGUCGUGGUGUAGGGCCCCAUAAGGACCACAUUUAUCUCCACCUGAAUCACUUACCUCCAGAGGUUCUCAAGGAGAGGCUUCCUGGUAUCUCUGAAACAGCUGCCAUUUUUGCUGGUGUUGAUGUUACAAAGGAGCCUAUCCCUGUUUUGCCUACUGUUCAUUAUAAUAUGGGUGGAAUUCCCACGAACUAUCAUGGAGAGGUAGUUACCAUUAAAGGUGAUGAUCCUGAUGUAGUAGUCCCUGGACUGAUGGCUGCCGGGGAGGCAGCGUGUGCGUCAGUUCAUGGUGCCAAUCGGCUUGGUGCAAAUUCUCUUCUUGACAUUGUUGUUUUUGGUCGAGCUUGUGCAAAUAGGGUUGCGGAGGUCCAUAGACCAGGGGAGAAACAAAAUCCUUUGGAAAAGGAUGCCGGAGAGAAGACUAUUGCAUGGUUGGACAAGAUAAGAAAUUCAAAUGGUUCAAUUCCAACUUCAAAAAUCCGGUUGAAUAUGCAACGAGUAAUGCAAAACAAUGCUGCUGUAUUCCGCACGCAGGAAACUUUAGAGGAAGGUUGUCAGUUAAUUGACAAAGUAUGUGAAAGCUUUCACGAUGUUAAGUUGGGGGAUCGAAGUUUGAUAUGGAACUCGGACCUGAUAGAAACUAUAGAGUUGGAAAAUCUUUUGAUCAAUGCAUGUAUCACCAUGCAUUCUGCUGAAGCCAGGAAAGAAAGCAGAGGAGCACAUGCUCGCGAAGAUUUUACGAAAAGAGAUGAUGAGAACUGGAUGAAACACACAUUAGGAUUUUGGGAGAAUGAGAAAGUCCGGCUAGACUAUAGGCCGGUUCACCUGAACACAUUAGACGAUGAGGUUGAGACAUUCCCACCUAAAGCUCGCGUUUAUUGAUACAUGCUUAUAAGACCAGGAAAGGUGCCGAGCGCGUAUGAUUUUUUUUUUGUUAAGGUUGUAAUAAUUUGUUUGAAAUGCAAUUAUGAUAAUGAUUAUUGCAUUCAACAACGAAUCUGUAAAUCUCUUGUAACUUGGUCUACGUUUUAUAUUCUGCAGCAACGAAUAUUUUUCGGGUACCAUCUUUCAGUAAUCAAUAUGCAGAGCUCUAUAUUCAUUCUUGA